UCACAUGACAUUUGUUUACAAACAUCUAUCGCAUGGCGUUGAUUCAGUAAUUUUCCAUCCUAUAUAAACAAACUAAAUCGAUGAAAAAUGACAGAAUCUCAAUCGUUUCCAGAUGUUGUAGAAUUAAAUGUGGGUGGACGCCAUUUUACAACUAGCCUGCUUACAUUAACCAAAAGCAAGGACACAAUGUUAGGUGCUAUGUUUAGUGGAAAUUAUCAAGCAAUAAAAGAUCAAGACGGUCGAUACUUCAUAGAUGCUGAUGGGGACAAUUUCGUGUAUGUUCUGAAUUAUUUGAGAUAUGGUGAACUACCACCACCGAACUUAGCAACAACGAUUUAUCGCGAAGCAGUCUACUUCGGGCUUCACGGAAUGGUGGAGCAACUUGAACUAAGCCCGGCACUGCUGGCACAGAUCCAUCGAGAGACUUACAGAGCUCAAUUUACGGGCUACCAUAAAAUAAUUAACUCCAUAUUGGAUAGGAUUAAAGAAUGUAGCACCAAGAAUACCGAAACUACCACAUCGUUGCUCCUUGUAUUAUUUGCAAAGGAAAAAAAGAGAAAACUUCCGAAUUUUGAUAAAACUCAUACUUGUUUUUCCAAGUCAAAAAACCGACCCAAUAGAAUGAGUGACGUGACGUUUGGUCCAUGGAGAAAUAAAUCUACCACAGAAAAGGACGUUAUGAAUUGUGUAACUUUUGACUUGCAAGAAAAAGGCUUCAAUAUAACACAAGAAGCAGCAGGACAAUGUGGUUUCACAUGUGAAUCGCCGCCUGAGAAUACCGGAGAAUCAAUGGUGGAAAACUGUACACAUCUAUGUUACACUCUUACAUUUCAUUGGUGGAAAAUGUAAUAAUCUUUAUUUAAAAAAACAUAACUUGUAGGCA